GCGUUUUUGGCCCAAAACUCGCGUACUUGCGGUCAUCUUGCCACAGGACUCGCGAGAGACACUACGCACAGCGCCUGCGACGAAUGGUGGCGUUUCGGCAGUGUAUCCUCAUCUCUGUGCUGCAAAAAACAAGUGGGUUCUCCCAGCCAGCCAGCAUGAGGACGCGUUCUGCGGCGACAUCGCUGCGCAGCGGUGCGACAGGAGAGCUGAAGGACUACAGCGGUGCCGCGGGAGGUCUUUUUGGCACCUACCGCAUCCCCGCCUCGCUGUUCGCUGGUGCAAGCGCGGGUGCUGCGUUCGCCAUGCCUAUACUCGCUGGAGAGGCCGCGACGCUCGGGUAUGUGGUCAGCGCCAACAACAACAACCUCCACGCCAUCGAUGCGACGGCUCCGUUCCCACAGGUACGUGAAGCGCAUUUACGCAGCGCUCAUGAUCAGCUCGCUGGUCUGCCAGUUACAAGUUAUCGUCGUAAGCACGGUAGCUCUCGAGCGCCUGUCCCGCCCCUAUGAACAAGAGACGAGCGUGGAGAAUUUCAUGAGGCGUUAUUUCGAUCUCGAAUGGAUCGCGGUGCGACUCAACUUUUUCGUCGGAGUACUGUCGUUCGUCACUGCGAUCGGUCUGCGGGCGUGGCAGACGAUCGGUACGUAGUCAGUGUCCUUCGAUCGUCGAUGGCGUAGAGGAGGGGUCGAAGGCGCCGUCGCGGACGCCAUCGACGCCGUCGUCAUGAUCGCGCGAGAGUCGACGCGUCUCCCCGCGCAGCAUGCCCCGUGGUCGCCAAAAUCACGCUCUACACCGUGAUCAGUGGAUCCCUCACGGCGCUGGCGUUCGUCCGCUCGAACGAGGACUGCGGAGGUGACCUCAACGACGCGUUCUUCAAGCUUCCGUUCGUGUCCCGUGUCCUUGCUGAGACUGGGUCGCGUCGAUGGCUGCGUCCGACACAACGCAGGUACCUCUACGCGCGAGCGAUGAUGAAGCGGGCGCGGCAGAAUAGCAUGUUCGCCGUGGCUGGACUGUCGGUAGCCUUCACGUGGGGCUACCUCGCCUGGUCCGUGCCGCACAUCGUCGGAUAUAUGAGUUCACACUAA